UACAAUAAAAAAAAUUAAAAGAAUAAAAGAUCGAUUCCAUUUUCAUUCCAUCUGAGAUCUUCUCUUCUUUCUCUGCUUUCUCUCGGUCGAUCUGCGUUUCCCGCAUUACAAAGCUCAUCUCUCUCUGAUUCCCAAUCUUAAUCGCUCAUUCAAAAUGGCAGAUGAUGGUUGCUGUUCUACUCAGCUUAUAGAUGGAGAUGGUGUAUUCAAUGUCACUGGAAUUGACAGUUUCAUCAAGGAGGUAAAGUUGGGCGAAUGCGGUCUUUCGUAUGCGGUUGUCUCCAUAAUGGGUCCACAAAGUAGUGGAAAGAGCACCUUGUUGAAUAAUUUAUUCAACACCAACUUCAGAGAGAUGGAUGCUUUUAGGGGAAGGUCUCAAACUACAAAAGGUAUCUGGUUAGCGAAAUGUGCCGGUAUCGAACCCUGUACACUUGUUAUGGAUUUAGAGGGAACAGAUGGAAGAGAAAGAGGAGAGGAUGAUACAGCAUUCGAGAAGCAGAGUGCUCUUUUUGCUCUUGCUGUUUCAGAUAUUGUUCUUAUAAACAUGUGGUGUCAUGAUAUUGGCCGUGAGCAAGCUGCAAAUAAGCCUCUUCUAAAAACUGUCUUCCAGGUGAUGAUGCGGUUGUUUAGUCCACGUAAAACAACUUUGAUGUUUGUCAUACGUGAUAAAACAAGGACACCAUUGGAGAAUUUAGAACCUGUUCUUAGAGAAGACAUUCAGAAGAUAUGGGACUCUGUGCCGAAGCCUCAAGCUCAUUUGGAAACUCCCCUGAGUGAAUUUUUUAAUGUUGAGGUUGUAGCUCUUUCAAGUUAUGAAGAAAAGGAAGAGCAAUUUAAGGAGCAGGUUGCUAACUUGAGGCAGAGAUUCUUUCACUCGAUUGCACCUGGUGGACUUGCUGGAGAUCGAAGGGGAGUUGUUCCUGCUUCAGGAUUUUCUUUUAGUGCACAACAAAUAUGGAAAGUCAUCAAGGAAAACAAGGACCUUGAUCUUCCUGCCCAUAAGGUGAUGGUGGCAACUGUGCGCUGUGAAGAAAUUGCCAAUGAGAAGUUCUCCAGCUUUUCUGGAAAUGAGUACUGGCUGGCAUUGGAGGAGGCCGUACAAAUUGGUCCUGUUGCUGGAUUUGGGAAGAAGCUCAGUUCAAUUAUUGAUACCUGUCUAUCAGAGUAUGAUGCAGAAGCUACGUAUUUUGAUGAAGGUGUCAGAUCUUCAAAGCGAAAGCAGCUUGAAGAGAAACUGCUACAACUCGUCCAACCGGCUUUUCAAACUUUGCUGGGACAUAUAAGAUCUGGAACUUUGGAUAAAUUUAAGGAAGCAUUUGAUAAGGCUUUGGAUAGCGGCGAGGGGUUUUCUGCCGCUGCUGCUGAUUGCUCUCAGUCCUAUAUGUCUCUUUUUGAUGAAAGAUGUGCAGAUGCUGUUAUUGAACUAGCAAACUGGGACACAUCUAAAGUAAGGGAUAAAGUUCGACGUGAUAUAGAUGGCCAUAUUUCCUUAGUUCGUGAUGCCAAGCUAUCUGAACUUACUGCAUUCUAUGAGGCCAAACUGAAGGAGGCAUUAUCAGGACCAGUAGAAGCACUGCUAGAUGGAGCAAAUAGCGAGACUUGGCCUGCAAUAAGAAAACUCCUUCGACGAGAGACUGAAUCAGCUGUGUCUGGGCUUUCUGAUGCCCUUUCUGGUUUUGACAUGAAUGAAGAAACAAGAAAUAAAAUGCUUACAAAUCUAGAGGAUUAUGCAAGAGGAGUUGUUGAGGCAAAAGCAAAGGAGGAGGCUGGACGAGUUUUGAUCCGUAUGAAGGACAGGUUCACAACAAUGUUUAGCCAUGAUUCUGAUUCAAUGCCCCGCGUUUGGACUGGGAAAGAAGAUAUUCGAGCUAUUACAAAAGCUGCACGCUCUUCAUCCUUAAAAUUGCUCUCUGUUAUGGCUGCUAUACGUUUGGACGAUUCUGAUGCCGAUACCAUUGAGACCACUUUAACAGUUGCUUUGGUGGAUUCUACUGGUGGUGCCGUUAAAGAUAGGAGCAUAACAACGGCUGAUCCACUGGCCACGAGCUCGUGGGAAGAGGUCCCACCAAAAAAAACAUUGAUCACGCCUGUCCAGUGCAAAUCUUUAUGGAGGCAAUUCAAGAAUGAGACAGAGUACACUGUAUCUCAGGCGAUUGCAGCACAGGAAGCCAACAAGAGAAACAACAACUGGUUACCACCUCCAUGGGCUAUUGUUGCCUUGGUUGUUUUAGGAUUCAAUGAAUUUAUGACGCUUCUAAGAAAUCCUCUGUAUCUGGGAGUAAUCUUUGUGGCUUUCUUACUUGUCAAAGCCCUAUGGGUGCAGCUAGAUAUCUCGGGUGAAUUCCGCAAUGGUGCUCUGCCUGGGCUUAUUUCCUUGUCCACCAAGUUCCUCCCCACUGUUAUGAACAUAAUAAAAAAACUAGCAGAGGAAGGGCAAGCACCUGCAGCGAACAAUCCUCAAAGGAACCCUGCCCUGGCAUCGAAAAACUACCAGAAUGGAGUUAAUGCUAGUAGUGAAAUGUCAUCCACCGGUUCAUCCGAAAUUACAGAGAAUGACAACUCUAGCUCCUCAAAACAAGACUGAGUGAAACGAAGCAUCUAAUUAUAGAGCAGUUUUCAUCUGGUUAAAGAUGUAGGCAAGUCUCUCGAAUAGAGAGAGGCUAGUGUUUGGUCCACGUAUACCAUUAUUAACUGUCAGCACUAUUGCUGCCAUGUAAGGGUUACAGUCCUUAAAGGCAUUGAUUUUUUUUGGGUAAGUGCCGCAUAUAGGGAAGGGGGGCUUAUGGUUUGCUGUGAGGAAGCCCCCGUUAAAUAGUUUUCACUUUUUACCAGAUAGGUUUUUGUUUCUCUUUUCUGUUUUUUUUCUUCUUCUUUUUGGGUUUGUUUGUUGGAAAAAGCUACACAAGGAUCUUGUUUAAAUCCUCUGCGUUUAUGUUUUGUCAUAAUGGUGGUUGCAUUAAAUUUUGUCACGUGACAGUUGUAAUGCUGUGGCUUGAUUGUAUUUCAUUUUAGGAGAAAAAGGAAAUUUAAGAUUUUCGUA